CUUCCGCACAAACCAACAAAGGGCGUUCACUCAGUCGAGUGAUCCGUACUGAAGGACCAAUGUAUGAAGGACAGCGGCACUAAGUGGUUUCUCACCAACGCCUUUACGUACACGUGAACACCGGGCAAGUUAUCUCCUUCCACACCCCGUUGCUGUGGUGGCGGAACAACGCCGCGGCUGAAGGCUUCUUUUAUUCCAAAUUCACGGCAGUCUGUCUCGUUAGUGAGACAGCCAUGGCAAUUGUACGUGCUCUGAAGGAUGACCCAGUGUUUGGAGCCGAUUCGCGAUGGAGCUGGAUCAGUGCCUUCUGCUGUUGCUGGGUGCUCUUCCUCGCUUUAGCAACGCCCCGCGUCUCAGGAAUCUUCUUCUACGGCAUCGUCGAGACUUUCCUGGUGAGCAGAGAAGAGGCUUCGUGGGCGGUGACACUGGCGAGCACGCUGAUGGUAUUAGCAGGCCCGAUAGCCGGUAACCUGUGCGAGCGUUAUUCGUGUCGGGCCGUCCUGCUGACGUGCUCUUCACUGGCAGGAAUUGGAGCCGGCCUCUGUUACUUCGCGAGAGAUCUUCUCUUCAUCGCAAUUUCUUUCGGCGUUGUUCACGGAUGUGCUCUGUGUGGCUUGUACGUCGCCGUGAAUGUACUGCUGGCCCAGCAUUUUGAGAAGAGAAGGGCUACGGCGUGCAGCCUAGUGUACACGGUGUGCGGACUCAACACCAUCGUCAUGCCCCCUCUUGUGGAGUUCUUCCGAACAACGUACGGUGUGCGUGGAGCAUUUCUUCUUUAUGGUGCAAUUAUGCUGCAUGCAAUUCCGUCCGUCAUCGUCCUCAGGAGCCCGGCUUGGCUUACGAAGCCAAAACGUGAGCUGAGAAAGGGAAAGCAUGAAGAAGUAAAGGACCAAACAAGUGCCACGUGCGCGUUGAUUCAUCAAACUAAUGGAGACGCCAAUACAGCAAAACUGCCUCGAGACAAUUCUGGCCGACACGGCCAGUGUACAACCACUGAUCGUUCGGCAAGACUCUGUUUCAACUCUGAGCAUAAUGGGUCAACUACCCUUCAGUUGCACAGCAACAAGUCAUCGAAGGAGCUGGAAACGAAGAAGUUUUCAGGACGUUUAGAGUGUGGCCCUACGGCGAGGCAGUUCCUAACGUUGACGUUUCUAAUUCACGGACUGUCUUUUGCAACUGUUGUCUUUACAACAAACGUGUUCUCCAUUAUACCAGCGGACCUAGCCAAAGACAGGGGCAUGGAUCCCUCAGACUCAGUGUAUGUUCUACAGGCUUUUUCCAUUACCGACGUUGCGUUCAGAGCCAUCGUGGGCCUUGCCAUCGAUUCGCGGACGUUGUCGCUGGAAUCGGUGAUGCUGCUGGGCUUUGCAUUGCAAGCACUGGCCUUUGAGUGGCUCGUGUGGGCGGGCACGCUGCCGCUGAUGAUCGCCGCCGCUGCUCUAUUGGGCUCCACGUGCGGCUCGAGGAUGUGUUUACAGGCACCCGCCAUGGUCAGGGACUUCGGCAUCAGCACUCUGCCAAUGAUGAUGGGUGGGCUGUCUUUCUGCGCUGGUGCAUCCCUUCUCAUCCGGCCCCCAUUGAUCGGAUACUUCCGAGAUACCCAUGGGGACUACAGUGGACUGCUGCAUGUAAUGGCGGCCCUCAACGCUUUCUUCGUGUGCGUUUGGACCGCGAAGCUUUUUAUUAGAAGGAGGGCAAUCUCAAGGCUACUAUCGAACGCUGCAGCGACCAGCAAAAAGUGCAUGACAGAUUUUCCGGAGAGCUUGGCUGAGAAAAGAUGCAACGGAGAUUAAUAAAACUGUUUCUACUACGUC